CAAACAUCAACCCUUAGUAAUUCUCUUGUAAAUUUCUACUUUUCGAUGUAUUUUUAAACGUUUUAUAUGUAGCCUGAACAAAUACAUGCGUGUUUAAAGACAAUCCAACUGUAACUUGAUCAAUUUUAAAUAAAUUUAGAUGUUGUCUACCUAUGUACCUACUAAAGUUUGUGAAAAAUUGUAUGCCACUUCGUAAUUGUCAAGACACAGCCACAAAUUAAUAAUAAUAAUAAUAAUUAAAUGUUCAAUUGCACAUUAUAAUAUUCCUGUUAAUAAUAAUAAUAAUAAGUUAUUGUCCGUAAAUGUACGUAAUGUAACCCGAUUCCGACCACAAACUAUUUGCAAAGUGUCCAAAAUAUAUCUAACGUUUCUACAGUUAGUGUGAAAUCAUGAGUGACUUGCGUCCACUGAACUAAACUUGCUGGAGCCGAAAUUGAAACCGAUUGAGGGGCUUUUUCGAUAAAUUAAAACAAUUAAAAACUACAAACAGCUAUGAAGAGAUACAAGUGUACUUUUGUUGUGUUACUAGUUUCGUUCGCGGUGCUGUCCGUUUUCUCGGCGUCGCCUCUUGAUGAGGAUGUUGAAGUGGAGUUAGUGUUAACGCGUGAAGGAAACACUUCCGAACUUCCGUGCAACCUACAGGUUACUCAUCCGCCGGACAAAGUAAGCCUCGUGGAAUGGACGAAGGGGGACGACGAACAGCCCUUAUACAAGGUCGAUUUCCGUGGGGUGCAGACACAGGUUGUGCCGAAGCCUGAGGGAGAAAACAGACUUUCGUUGCGACUUGUCGAGGAUAAAAAGGCUCUUUUAGUUAUUUCUUCUACCAAAGUUGCGGACGAGGGACUGUACAAUUGCAGGGUAGACUUCUAUCGUUCGCAAACCACAUUCACCCACGUUAAUUUAACUGUCAUUGUUCCACCGCAAGGAGUACAAAUCACGGACGAACUGGGAAUCCCCAUAAAGAAUGGAGUGACGAAGGCUUACGCGGCCGGCGCUAGCCUGAUAUUGAUCUGUGUGGCAACCGGCGGUAAGCCAUUGCCAACUGUUGCAUGGUCUCGUGACGGCGAAAUCGUUACAAACGUAACUCAGCAUUUCCCUGAAAGAUUCCGUUCGCAAAACAUCUUAAGGGUUCCCGAACUGACUAGAUCCGAUUUGCAUGCAGUCUAUCAAUGCGAAGUGAGCAACAGCAAUCAGCAGCCACCUUUGAUCGUAAAAGUGACAGUGGAAAUGUUUUUGAGACCGCUCGAAGUUACACUAAUUGAUCCGUUUCGCUUUAAUCAAACUUUCAGUGCUGAAAAGAAGUACGAACUGAUCUGUCGAUGCAAAGGAUCAAGGCCGCCGCCUAUAAUCUCUUGGUGGAAGGACGGUAUUCCAAUGGAGGGUGGAACGAUUUCAGUGAGUGCCGACGGCAACACAACUACAAGCACUCUUUGGUUCACACCACAAGCAUCAGACGAUGGUCUGGUGCUGUCGUGUCGGGCGGCGAAUCAAAUGGUGCCCCACAGCGAACUGAGAGACUCCUGGAUGCUCAAAGUCCUUUACCCUCCAAAGAUAAUAUUGCACCUGGGACAUGGCCUGCAACCUUCGAGCAUUCGUGAAGGGGUCGACGUUUACUUUGAGUGCCAAAUCAUCGCCAAUCCCAAGGUGACACGGGUAUGGUGGCUUCGUGACGGAAUAAGGUUAGCGAGCAACGCCAGUGCAGGAAUUCUCGUCGCCAACCAGACGCUUGUGUUACAGGGUGUAAGUCGCCGCAGUUCCGGGAAUUAUUACUGUGAGUCGUCAAAUACCGAAGGCACAAGUCGUAGCGUACCGUUUCAACUUAAAGUCAAGUUUGAACCAGUUUGCGGAGAGCCCAACAACCGGAAAGUUUUAGGAGUUGCCAAAGGUGAACCCGUUAAGAUCGAAUGCAAGGUUGAUGCAGAACCGGCGGCUCGUUACUUCCGUUGGAGCUUUAACAGCACCCCGGGGAUUUCUCGUAUCCUGAAGGAGCAUACGGCAAACGCUGGCCUAAGCAUUCUAACGUAUCAGCCAAUGUCCGCAUCGGAUUACGGUACAAUCCAAUGCUGGGGAAACAACGAAUUUGGAACACAACGAGCACCCUGUAUAUACCAUAUUGUACCAGCCGGAAGGCCUGAUCCUCCCAACGGCUGCGUUGUUGCCAAUAUCACACAUCAUAACGCUAACAUAACAUGUGUUAAAGGUUUUGAUGGUGGUCUAAAGCAAAAAUUCAUCAUGCUGGUAAAAGUAGGCGACACCGAAAUUACCAACAUAACGUCAGCAAGUACAGAUUUCGAAGUUGGUAAUUUGGACGCGGCCACCGAGUACACAUUCGUCGUUUUCGCAUUAAACGCGAAAGGAUGGUCGAAAAGUGGAAGCACCUUAAUGGCGAGAACACUUGCUGCGCCUGGUUUAAAAGAAUUACGAAGAUCCACCGUCCAAUCUAAAGAAACGAAACUGAAAGGACCGUGGAUGUAUAUUCUCUUAGCCGGUGGAUCAACGCUAAUAGUUGCAGGAUCUAUAGCGAUAAUAAUUUUUGUUGUGAGACGAUUUAAAGUCGACAGCCCCGUUAGAGAAAGGAGGAGAAGCCCGAAAAGAAAUGAAUUAUCGCUAGGACCUUCGAUCCAGGGUUUUACUGAUGCCGGUACCGAUGAUAAAAAUCCUGAUUUAAUUCCCCCUCCCGCCAACGAAGCACUUUUAACUGCUGGAUUGAUUCCCACAGCGCCCUACACUAUCACAACAAGGCCAUCUCAGAAACGUAACUGCGCCACUCAGAUGCCCGUAAAACCGUACCACGUAACAUGGGCGCCCAUUCUACAAUCCCGAAACUGUGCCACCCAAACUCCUCCCCCGCACAAAGAAAGUUCCGUAUAACCCCCCAAAUGUCUCGGUAUCGGGACCAACACCACCUGUGAUAUUUGAGAAUAUCUCGUAUUUUUAAGCGACAAUUAUCAAGAUUCUGUUAUAAGUACUGUUAAUACAUGUGAAUAAGAAACAAAAACUCUA